AUGUCCGAAUCUCCAGAACCGCGCCUGGACUCGCCAGCUCUCGACAAGGACGAGAACGAAGAGGAUGUGACCCUUGAUAAGGAGAGAGAUAUUGCGGCAGAUAUAUCUGACGAUGAAUCUGUUCUCUCUGAUGUCGACGAGGAGCAGUUCAAGGAGUUUGACCCUGCCGACAUCCCUCUUGAUGACCGUCCAGCACUCGCCAUCGAUGAAGAAAACUUGAAGCUAGUGGGUCGCCAUAAACGCCGGAGGACUGAGGAAGAUGGUGAGGGUCAGACGAAGAAGAAAAAGAAGGAGGGUCGCAGAGAUAAGAAAAGCCACAGGAAGAAGCAGGGCAGCGAAGAGUUCAGCGGCGGAGAGGAGAUGGACGGCAAAAGGAGAAGAAAACGGAGAGAGGGAGGGGGCGAAAAAGCUCCCAGGCAGAGUAAAAAACAAGUGGAAGAAGAAAUCGAUGAAGAGUCUCUGGAUCCUGCUACCAGGCGACGCCGCGCUUUGGACCGGAUGAUGGACGAAGCGCUGAAGAAGCCUUCGAAACGGCGUAUCAAGAAAGCAGAUGGGAUCGAUUUGGCGGAUUACGCCGACGCAGAGAUCGAAGAGGUUCGCAAACGCAUGACCGACGCAGCUCGUCUAGACAGCAUUGCUCGCAAAGAGAACCGCCCUGCAAUGCACAAGCUUAAGAUGCUUCCAGAGGUUGUUUCCCUACUCAACCGCAACCAAUAUGUUAACAGUCUUAUCGACCCGGAAAUAAACCUUCUAGAAGCUGUUAAAUUUUUCCUAGAACCUCUCGAUGACGGUUCCUUGCCAGCGUACAAUAUCCAGCGAGAUUUAAUGGCAGCAUUGCUACGACUACCUAUUAACAAAGAGACUUUGAUUGCUAGCGGUAUUGGCAAAGUUAUUGUGUUUUAUACAAAAAGCAAGCGCCCGGAGAUUGGGAUCAAACGCCAGGCUGAACGUCUUCUCGCUGAAUGGACCCGCCCUAUUCUCCAGAGAAGCGAUGACUACUCUAAACGAGUCUACGAGGAAGUCGACUUCGAUCCCAGCCGACUCGCUGAUCGAACUGUAUCUGCGGAAGCCUCAGCUGCGGAAGCACGUGCUAGAGAACUGCUUCCACCUCGUCUUGCCAAUCGUGCUCGUGUUGAAAGUAGCCAUACUAGCUACACUGUUGUACCACGAUCUAUGGGCGUAUCUGAGAGCAAGUUUGCUCGCCCUCUAGGUGCCAGCGGAGAAGAUCGAUUCAGACGUAUGAAAGCCAGGCAAAUUGCCGCCAAUAAGGGAUCGAAGCGAUAA